CCCAAACGCGGGGAACUGGAUUAAUCUUCUUCAUGCAACUUUUUUGGAAAGAAACCAAGAGCAUCUCGCCGGGAACUAACAAAAAGAUCCGUAACAGUGACAUCGCACUCUCUCCGGUAACUGCAGGUGUUGCGUUCACUUUCGGCCCCUCCGGGGAGAUGUACCAAGGGUUCCCCGGCGACCCCGACAGCGGAUCCCGUGGAAGCUCAUCUCCAUCCAUUGAGUCCCAGUACCUUUCCUCCGUGGACUCUUUCGGGAGCCCUCCGACCACCAGUGCUCCGCAGGAGUGUGCGGGAGCUGGCUUGAGCAUUGUGGGCAGUGGGCCUGGGAUCAGUGCCGGAGGGGAAAUGCCCGGUUCAUUUGUGCCCACCGUCACCGCCAUCACCACCAGUCAGGACCUGCAGUGGAUGGUCCAGCCAACUCUCAUCUCCUCCCAGGCCUCUGGACAGAGUGGGACCACUGGCACCUCAACCAUGACCCAGCCGGUGUCACUGGUUGACCCAUAUGACAUGCCAGGCCCCAGUUAUUCUUCAGCAUCUGGAUUCACUCCUUCAAGUUCAGAUACUCCAGGGCCAGCACCGGGCCCCAUCCGGCAGUCCAGAACCCGCAGCCGCCGUGCCCGAGACGAGUCUGUGAGUGAGGAUGGAGAUGUUGAUGUGUUACUCACACCGGAGGAAGAGGAGAAGAGGCGUGUCCGGCGAGAAAGAAACAAGCUGGCUGCCGCCAAGUGCAGGAACCGUCGACGAGAGCUCACAGACAGACUGCAGUCGGAGACAGAUAUACUGGAGGAGGAGAAGGCAGAGCUGGAGGCUGAGAUCUCUGAGCUGCAGAAGGAGAAGGAGCGCCUGGAGUUUGUCCUGGUGGCCCACCAGCCCAAUUGUAAGAUCUCCUACCAGGAGCAGCCUCAGCAAAGCUCAGAGCAGCUCCCUCCAGUCCAUCCCCAGACCUUACAGCCUCCUGUCUCCAUUGUGGGCUUGACUAUGAAGGAGGACACUUUCUAUCUGCCUCCUGCCUACUCAGCCCAUCCGGCCUCCACACAGUCCCAGCUUCCGGUUCAGCAGCCGCAGCCGCAGCAAGUCCAGCAGCAGCCUCAGCCAGGGAUAAUGCAGGAGGUAGAGUUUUCUAGUUCUUUCUAUGGCUCAAGUGAGCCGGCACCUGGCGGGCCGUGCCUCAUGGCCAGCGACAGUGGUGGUGGUGGUGGUAACCAUGACGAAGCGGCCAUUGGCAGCUACAACACCUCAUACACAUCUUCAUUUGUGUUCACCUACCCAGAGGGAGCCUGCGGGGUCAGUGCCAACCAGCGGAACAGCAGUAGCGAGCAGUCAUCUGAUUCCCUGAACUCACCUUCGCUGCUGGCGCUCUGACUGACCGACAAACACACGCGCACACAUAUCAACACACACACACAUUAUGCUCGCUGGAAGUAGAGGGUGAGGCAAGUACAUGCAUAGUAGCAAGCAGUCUCACAUAGUGGGAGAAAAAAAAGAAAAGAAACAAUCAUGUGUUUCUGAUUGGGUUAAAGUUUACACAUAUUGAAAUGCAUUCCAAUAAAGAGCCAUAUAAAAAGAGAGUUGCACACAAAAUCAAUUAAAUCAAACCUUUAACAUUGAGCUUAAAAAAAGAAAACAUUUGUUCUUCAUUAUAAGAAUUUCUGCAACUGGAUAAGAUGAGUGAAUAAACACACAUAGGCAAUCCAAGUUUCCAAUCUUAAAUGUUCUGAAUGAGCAAAUUAAUUCACAAUGAAUUAUUUUUAUCUUCUUCAUAUACCGUACAUUGAGUGAGAUACCACAAUUUACACUCCAACAACAAGCACUGGUGCCCCCACCGUGUUCCCUCUGUCGGUCGCCCCUUUUCCAGUGCUCUUGCUCUCAUCCUUUUCCAUCCUUUUCUCCCUUCUUGUUCUUGCUGAAUGUAUUUGUACAGAUCUGAAAUAGGGAAAAAGGACACUUGGUUCAGGGUCUUUUCUUGGGAGACAGACUGCUGAUCUCUCGCUCACCUCUAACCCUUCAUCUGCUCGACUUCCCCUCUGCUUCUUCAUUUUGCUGCUUGGACUUGGCACGUUGGAGAUCUGAAUAUCACAGGCUCCACUAAAUCAUGUGCUUUUUUUCUCUCGUUUUUACAAUUCUUCUGCCGUCUGCCUACCUGCCAAUGCGACCCAUCUCUAGCCAACUCUUGUUUCUCCUCUUCUGUCUCUGUGUUUCUCCCUCUCUCUGAAGUCUUCAACCCCUGAGAGCCCGAAGACCCCCGAGAGCCCUUGGGACCUUGAGUGAAUGCCAGCCCAACUAACACGCGCCCUUUGCACCUUCUCAUACAAGGACAUGGACGCAACCCCCCCCACCCCACCACCCCCUCACACUCUCCCAAACAGAAGAACCUUUUUCUGGAGCACAUUGCCCAGAGCGGAUCCUUACAGUGAACAGCAGCUGAAUACUUUCACACACGCACAUAGACGCAUGCAAGAUGGAUGCCACUGUCUUCUGCUGAGCCA